UACAAGAAUUUACUUUGUUUACUCUGUACGCCCUCCUGUAGUUUGCAGACAAGACAAUGGAUUUGGUGUUAACUUUCUGACAUAAGACACCUUCCCCUGCACUCACAUUCAUAUCUGGGCCACAACCAUUAUCACUGAUAACACAUCUGGGAAGAACCGUUGUAUUGUAUUGUGACUUCAUUUGUACUGUGAGGGUGGAGAUUUGUAUCCUGCACCUCCUUCUUCUGUUUGGUUACACAUUUUGUUGUUUGUGCAAGAGAAAUGGGGAGAGGUGAACAUCAGUGAAAGAGACAUUUGAACAAGAAAGGGAAACUUGCCUAAUAUCCUGAGGCGAACCUUUCUCUGGUCGUGGUAGAAUAGUUUUUCUGCAGGUUUCUUCACCUUCAGAGGGCCUUAGGACACGUGUGAGCGCCAUGCCUUCAUACACGGUGACUGUUUCCACGGGGAGCCAGUGGUUCGCAGGAACGGAUGAUUAUAUCUACAUCACACUGGUGGGCACGGAGGGAUGCAGCGAGAAGACGUUGCUGGACAAAGCUCUGUACAAUGACUUUGAGAGGGGGGCGGUGGACUCCUACAACGUGAGGGUUGGGGAGGAACUGGGUGAGAUCGUGUUGGUGAAGAUUGAGAAGAAGAAGUACUGGGUGCAGGAUGACUGGUACUGCAGGUACAUCACAGUCAAGACCCCGUCUGGAGAGUAUCUGGAGUUCCCCUGCUUCCGCUGGCUGGUGGAUGACAAGGAAGUGGUGCUGCGGGAUGGAAGAGCACAUCUGCCUCAGGAUGAUAAGACCAGCCUGGUCAAGCAGCACAGACAAAAAGAGCUGGAGAUGAGGAGAAAAACCUACAGAUGGAAGGAGUGGCAGCCCGGCUUUCCUAUGAGCAUAGAUGCAAACAGACACAGCGAUUUGCCGCGGGACAUCCAGUUUGACAGUGAGAAGGGGGUGGACUUUGUACUGAACUACAGUAAGGCAAUAGAGAACCUGUGUGUGAACAACUUCAUGCACAUGUUCCAGUCCUCCUGGAGCGACUUCAAUGACUUUGAGACGAUCUUUAUGAGAAUCAAAAACACAAUCUCAGAGUAUGUGAUGAAACACUGGAAGGAGGACUUCAUGUUUGGGUACCAGUUUCUAAACGGAUGCAACCCCGUAGUGAUCCGAAAGUGCACCAAAAUUCCUGACAAGUUUCCCGUCACAAAUGAGAUGGUUUCUGUCAGCCUGGAGAGGGAUCUGACUCUGGAAGAGGAAGUAGAGGCAGGUAACAUCUACAUAGUAGACUACGAGAUUUUAGACGGCAUCAGUGCAAACGCCACAGACCCGUGCACGCUGCAGUACGUGGCCGCUCCGAUCUGUCUGCUCUACAAGAACGCUCAGAACAAGAUCCUGCCCAUUGCCAUACAGCUUGGACAGACUCCAGGUGAAGACAGCCCCAUCUUCCUGCCCACUGAUGGUCAGUACGACUGGCUGCUGGCUAAGAUCUGGGUCCGCUCGGCUGACUUCCAGCAGCACCAGACCGUCACACACCUGCUGAGGACCCAUUUGGUAACAGAGGUGUUUGGUAUUGCCAUGUACAGACAGCUCCCUGCAGUUCACCCUGUGUAUAAGCUACUUAUCCCACACAUUCGUUUUACCAUGGCUAUCAACACCAAGGCCAGAGAGCAGCUCAUCUGUGAGUGUGGCAUCUUUGACAAGGCAAACGCCACAGGUGGAGGCGGUCACGUCCAGUUGGUUCAGCGGGCUGUUAAGAAUCUGACCUACAAGUCUCUGUGCUUCCCUGAGAUGAUCAAAUCCCGCGGCAUGGAAGACAAGAACGAGCUGCCCACCUACUUCUACAGAGACGAUGGCGAAAAGGUGUGGGAGGCUACCAUGAGUUUUGUGUCUGAUGUGGUGGGUAUUUACUACGACAGCGAUGAGACGGUGCAGGAAGACGAAGAAAUCCAGGCCUUCGUUAAGGAUGUGUGCAGCUUCGGUAUGCAGGACUUCGAUCACUGUGAGUUUCCCAAGUCCCUGAAGACACGAGAGGCGCUGAUCGAGUAUCUGACCGUCGCUGUGUUCAGUGCUUCAGCUCAACAUGCAGCCGUCAAUUUUGGACAGUAUGACUGGUGCUCCUGGAUCCCCAAUGCUCCGUCUACCAUGAGGAGGCCCCCGCCCAACAAGAAGGGCCUGGCAGAUGUGAACUACAUCAUCGAGACCCUCCCUGAUCGCGGGCGCUCCAGCUGGCACCUGGGGGCCGUCUGGGCCCUCAGCCAGUACCAGGAGGGCGAGCUGUACCUGGGCAUGUAUCCUGAUGAGCACUUCAUUGAGAAGCCAGUGAAGGCAGCCAUGAAGAAGUUCAGCAAGCAGCUGGCAGAGCUAAGCAGCUCCAUCAAGAGGAGGAACGAGGGGAAGCAUCUGCCGUACUACAACAUGUCCCCAGACAAAAUCCCAAACAGUGUCGCUGUCUGAGGUCUAAAAUCAGGUCUCUACUUAAAGGAGCAGUGUGGAGUAGAGCUAUUGGCAGAAAUAUAAUAUCCAUAACUAUGUUUUAUUGGUAUAUAAUCACCUGAAACUAAGAAUCGUGUGUUUGUUAGCUUAGAAUGAGCCCUUGAUAUAUAG